AUGGACCUCACGUCCGUGGCCACCACGACCAGGCCGUCGACCACCACGGCGGGGAACGCGGCCGACGCGCUGGAGCCACUCGCCGCCAGCGACCUGGAGACGUACUUGGGCUCGGACCUGCACGACGUGGACGACGCCAAGCCGUCGGCGCACUCUGGCCACAGGACGGCGUCGCCCGUGCACCUCGUGCCGCACGCGCACCAGCACCCCAAGAAGAAGGUGGGCGGCAGGGGCGGCGGCAGCGCCCAGGGCGGUGCCCAAGGCGGCGGCGCCCCCGGCAGGAUGUCGCCCGGCCACGCCGCCCCCGCCGCCCCCGCCGGCUUCUCCGGCAAGAAGCGCUGCUUCUCGAUCGUGCUCGAGGACAAGGUCAAGCGGUACAAGGAGACGCCAUGCUGAGCGCCGCGCGCAACUCCAAAUGCGAGGCUUUAUUUCUGCUUCCGGUGUUUACAUUCCAUCAAUGGGAAGUCGUCUUCCUGGUGGCCGCGGCCUGCAGGUCGUAGCUGUCCACGCGGCCGUAGCCCUCGCCGGUCACCGGGUUGCCAUCUGUGCCAAACGAAUCCGUCAUGCCCCGUCAUGCAGCAGUUGGCUUGGACGGCGAGGACGUACCUGGCCUCCUGAACGCGUAGCGCCCGCCCACCGACGGCGGGCUCUCUACGGGGACCGAUUUCACGGGGGGCGGCAGCAGCGCUGGGACAAACAUGAAUAAACCGCGAUGAACCCUUG